CGCCAUCAUGAUACCAAAGAAAAUCUAAGCAGGUGCUUAUCUGGGACGCCUUGUCAGAUGUUCACCAUCAGAACAAAAUUAUUAGCGCGUCAGAUGCAUUUACGACUGCACAGACGUUUAAACCAUUUUGGUUAGAUUUAUACUAUCUUGAUCGUGAUACUAAAAGUAACCUGAUCUAUAGCUUACACUGUACACCGUCUUUCGCUCAGUAGCUAUCUCGAAAUCGCCAUUUUAACUUCUGGUUGUGCCUGGGGCGGUUGGUGCGAGACCAGUGUCAAGUAGCUGCUAACUAUUAGCUAACCUCUGGGUAGCUCACUAUUUUAGACGUUGACCCAGUACAACAAGCUUUCAAAAUAGCAUGCUAGCUGUCUAACAAGCAUAGCUACAUGCUUCGUAGUUCAUGGUAGCUAGCCUGUUUCAAAUUGCGAAGUUAGCUCGUUAAGUUUAGCCAGGUAGCUAGAUAGCCAGGCUACUAGCUAGUUGGCUAACAACAAGCCAAUCAGAUAAUCAACUGUAGCUAUUAGUAGUACUGGCUAGCUACCUAGAAUACUUUAUUUACAACAACCAAACUGGACAAAACGUUGGAUUUGGUUGGGUUUAAGUCGGGCUCAGCGGGUUCGCUGACCCCACAAAAGAAGAUGAAAAAGAGGAAGGAACUCAAUGCAUUGAUCGGACUUGGGGACAGUAAAAGGAAGAAAACCAAAAAGGGGUCCGGUCACAGGCUCCUCCGAACCGAACCUCCACUAGACUCCGAAUCCGAAUCAAGCUCAGAUGAUGAUGAUGAAUUCAGCACAGUCGCUGCUUUUGGAAAGUAAGUGAUCGAUCUAGCUACUUAGCCUCAGUAAACCUGUACUGUAUUCCCUGCUGACACAAUGUCUAUUCCAAAUAUGUGACUGACUGCCUCGAUUCGGUCUUAUGUAGCAACAUUUGUUUAUAUGUUUACAUAGCAUAAAAGUAGCGACUCGGAGCUACAACGUGGUAUAUCAUACACUGCAGUUGGGGAACAAUGGGAAAGUAAUUCCGCUUUGAAAGUUGAUAAACUUGUAACCCCACUUAUGAGAAAAUGGCCCUUGAAUGUUUUGGUACACCUACUAGAGAGCUCUGCUUUGACUACACCUAUUCAGCAUGUUCACACCCUCUUAAGCCUUAGCCCCACCCAUCUCUUUAACAUUAACAUUUACAUCAUUUAGCAGACGCUCUUAUCCAGAGCGACUUACAAAUUGGUGCAUUCAACCUAUGAUAGCAAGUGGGACAACCACUUUUUUUUUUGUGGGGGAGGGGGGGUAGAAGGAUUGCUUUAUACUAUUCCAGGUAUUCCUUAAAGAGGUAGGGUUUCAAGUGUCUCCGGAAGGUGGUCAGUGACUCCGCUGUCCUGGCGUCGUGGGGGAGCUUGUUCCACCAUUGGGGUGCCAGAGCAGCAAAUAGCUUUGAGCGGGAACUGUGCUUCUGUAGAGGUAGGGGAGCUAGCAGGCCAGAGGUGGAUGAACGUAGUGCCCUCGUUUGGGUGUAGGGUCUGAUCAGAGCCUGAAGAUAAGGAGGUGCCGUUCCCCUCACAGCUCCGUAGGCAAGCACCAUGGUCUUGUAGUAGAUGCGAGCCUCAACUGGAAGCCAGUGGAGUGUGCGGAGGAGCGGGGUGACAUGAGAGAACUUGGGAAGGUCGAACACCAGACGAACACUAGACGGGCUGCGGCGUUCUGGAUAAGUUGUAGGGGUUUAAUGGCACAGGCAGGGAGCCCAGCCAACAGCGAGUUGCAGUAAUCCAGACGGGAGAUGACAAGUGCCUGGAUUAGGACCUGUGCCGCUUUCUGUGUAAGGUAGGGUCGUACUCUGCGAAUGUUGUAGAGCAUGAACCUGCAGGAUCGGGUCACCGCUUUGAUGUUAGCAGAGAACGACAGGGUGUUGUCCAGGGUCACGCCAAGGCUCUUUGCACUCUGGGAGGAGGACACAAUGGAGUUGUCAACCGUGAUGGCGAGAUCAUGGAGCGGGCAGUCCUUCCCAGGGAGGAAGAGCAGCUCCGUCUUGCCGAGGUUCAGCUUGAGGUGGUGAUCUGACAUCCACACUGACAUGUCUGCCAGACAUGCAGAGAUGCGAUUCGCCACCUGGUUAUCAGAAAAUGAAUUGUGUGUCGUCUGCGUAGCAAUGAUAGGAGAGACCAUGUGAGGAUAUGACAGAGCCAAGUGACUUGGUGUAUAGAGAGAAUAGGAGAGGGCCUAGAACUGAGCCCUGGGGGACACCAGUGGUGAGAGCACGUGGUGCGGAGACAGAUUCUCGCCACGCCACCUGGUAGGAGCGACCUGUCAGGUAGGACGCAAUCCAAGAGUGAGCAGCGCCGGAGAUGCCCAACUCGGAGAGGGUGGAGAGGAGGAUCUGAUGGUUCACAGUAUCAAAGGCAGCGGAUAGGUCUAGAAGGAUAAGAGCAGAGGAGAGAGAGUUAGCUUUAGCAGUGCGGAGAGCCUCCGUGACACAGAGAAGAGCAGUCUCAGUUGAAUGACCAGUCUUGAAACCUGAUUGGUUUGGAUCAAGAAGGUCAUUCUGAGAGAGAUAGCAGGAGAGUUGGCUAGAGACGGCACGCUCGAGUUUUGGAGAGAAAUGAUAGAAGGGAUACUGGUCUGUAGCUGUUGACAUCGGAGGGAUCGAGUGUAGGUUUUUUGAGAAGGGGUGCAACUCUCGCUCUCUUGAAGACGGAAGGGACAUGGCCAGCGGUCAAGGAUGAGUUGAUGAGCGAGGUGAGGUAAGGGAGGUCUCCGGAAAUGGUCUGGAGAAGAGAGGAGGGGAUAGGGUCAAGCGGGUCGAGUCGGAAGAUUUCAUCUGGAGAGAGAGGGGAGAAAGAAGUCAAAGCAUAGGGUAGGGCAGUGUGAGCAGGACCACCGGUGUCAUUUGACUUAAUAAAUGAGGAUCGGAUGUCGUCAACCUUCAUUGAUGAAGUCCUCCACGAGGAGGGAGGAGGAGGAGGAUUCAGCAGGGAGGAGAAGGUGGCAAAGAGCUUCCUAGGGUUAGAGGCAGAGGCUUGAAAUUUAGAGUGGUAUAAAGUGGCUUUAGCAGCGGAAACAGAGGAAGAGAAUGUAGAGAGGAGGGAGUGAAAAUACGACAGGUCUAGUUUUCCUCCAUUUCCGCUCGGCUGCCUGGAGCCCUCUUCUGUGAGCUCGCAAUGAGUCGUCAAGCCACGGAGCAGGAGGGGAGGACCGAGCCGGCCGGGAGGAUAGGGGACAUAGAGAGUCAAAAGAUGCAGAAAGGGAGGAGAGGAGGGUUGAGGAGGCAGAAUCAGGAGAUCGGAGGGAGAAGGAUUUAGCAGAGGGAAGAGAUGAUAGGAUGGAAGAGGAGAGAGUAGCGGGAGAGAGAGAGCGAAGGUUGCGACGGCACAUUACCAUCUGAGUAGGGGCAGAGUGAGUAGUGUUGGAGGAGAGCGAGAGAGAAAAGGAUACAAAGUAGUGGUCGGAGACUUGGAGGGGAGUUGCAGUGAGAUUAGUAGAAGAACAGCAUCUAGUAAAGAUGAGGUCAAGCGUAUUGCCUGCAUUGUGAGUAGGGGUGGACGGUGAGAGGGUGAGGUCAAAAGAGGAAAGGAGUGGAAAGAAGGAGGCAGAGAGAAAUGAGUCAAAGGCAGACGUAGGGAGGUUAAAGUCACCCAGAACUGUGAGGGGUGAGCCAUCCUCAGGAAAGGAACUUAUCAAGGCGUCAAGAUCAUUGAUGAACUCUAACUUUAAGGAUUCACAUGUGAGGCCAUGUGCUAAAUAGAUGGAGUAAGGUAGUGUAAACAACCGAAGAUUUCAAGACUAAAAGUGGUGAAAGUAGUAGCCUACAAUAAGGAACAACUCCUGGUAAAAAUACACUAUCUAGUCCAAUAUCCUAAUCUGACUUUGGUGCAGGUCAUGUUGUUCUUCACAUUAACGCCAUAAACACACUAUCAAAUAAAAUCUAAGUUUAUUUGUCACAUGCACAGGAUACAGAAGUUAAGGUGUAAACAGUACAGUGAAAUUGUUAUUUGCAUAGUAGCAAUAUCAAAAAUAGAAAUUGUCCAGAUAAAAAUAUUGUAUCAUUAUUAGAUUAUGCUUACCCAGACACUAGGGGUGUGCCGAGUAGUCGGACAAAACUAGUAUCGUAACGAAUGUGGGCAAUUUUCUGGAUACGAUUAUGAUCAGAGUAUUUUUUGUAAUUAUCUAUGAUCGGGGAAAAACAUUAAAAUGGGUGCCAGCAAGCAUGUUUCUCGUGUCAGUCCAGUAAACCAUACUGUACUGUCUGAGUCAGUCAUGUGCGUGGUCGAAAUAACUCAACUGGUUAGUUUGCCUGUCUGUAAAGAGAAGGGGUGGCUGUACGUUGAUCCUGCUGCUCCGAUUGGAUAGAGUGUAGCUGUAUUUGUCCUGGCCACUCGCUUCAUAAUUUCACCCAAUCACUUUUCCUCGCUUGUUUUCGGUCUUAUCAUUUAGAUUGCUGCUGCCUGUUACUAUGAUAAAUCACAUUGCGAGAACGUUUGCUAUCAAGCUGUCAAUGUGCAUAAUAUCUAACAAGUGUGGCAAGGGUAGGGAAAAAAGAUAACUCUAAUGCGCAUUCUGACUGAGUGACAGUAAACCUGGCUGCCCGCUGCAAAUUGAGGACACACACACCCAUCCACGCGCUGCUCCUAAUCUGUAACCUUUUUGCAGUGAGCAUGCAGGGAGGUAUUUUGCCAACAUCUAUUUACGCAUAUUAAAACACUUCAGUUUUUUCCAAUCACGACUACCAUCUUAUCCGACUAUCAACUGUCAAUUUACGGACAUGAUUAUGAAAAUGGCCAUGUCGGCACACCCCUACCAGACACACUUGUCUAAAUUGAUGGGUAAUGUGAAGGAAAUUCUAUAACCAACCCCCAGCCACAUCUAGCUAAGUGGAUGGUUCACUUUUGUCUAGACAUGUACACAUGUUCAUGAAAUACAAUAAUGGCCGUAAUCACCCCCAGACACACCUGGUUAACUUGAUGGGUCAUGUAAUCAUCUGGCGAAGUGGAGUCUUUUGUUUAGACAUGUAGCUAGCUAGCUAAACAAUUAACCAUAAUCACAACCCAUACUGCUAGCAAUACAAACUGAUUUUCAUAGCUAGCCACAUGAAAUGCUGUAGUAUGAAUCUGCAGGUUGCUAAAGCUAACCAACUAGGUUUAAUGUUAGCUAGCUAGCUAACAUUAGGCUAUAACUAGCAAUGCAAAUGGAUUUCUGAGAUACAAAUAAUAUUACUACACAGACCAUACAUGUAACAUUAGCUAGCGAGCAAGGAGGCUACCUAACAUUCCCUAGUUAGCUAACUGUACAUUUUAACUUGCAAUGAAAAAAAUGUUCUGAUAAAAUUAGAAACGUAUAAUAUCUGAAAAUGUAACUAAACUCUUAACCGUAUACAAGGAUGAACGCUCCACGGCAGUGUGUCUUUCAGUUUUCAGUUAGCUACAGCUUGUUUGGCCUGUUGUGUCAAGUCACUCCGGUUCACACUGACCAUGUGCAGAAAGUAGUCCAUCACAACUUUUCCCCGCUGAUCUUUGUCGAUAGCGCCUGCUAAAUUCUGGGCAGCAAUGUUGUUUAGCAGUAGCAACACUUUUGCAGUUCUCCAUGGCUAACGUUAUAUCUUUCAAAAGAGCCACAGUGGCAACGAUUAUCUACACAUACUGAGCAGCUCAUGUUAUAGACAGAAGCGUGCUACGUGGCAGACCAAUCUGAACUAAUCGCUCGGCAAGUCCAGCCCAUCCAUUAUCUCAGCUAAUCAUGGCUAGCGGGAAGGUUCCCGUCUUUUUCCGUGGCUAAACCAACUAGGCUCAUAAUUGUCAUGUUUUAUUCGUAUUAACAGAUGGCAUACAAGUUUGUUAUUAAAACACAUGAAAGUUAACAUGUUCCUUAAGGCAUUUUUGCCUAAAAACACAUUUAGUUCAAAUGCCUCUCCUGAAGUAGUGACGUGCGACAUACGCCUUGCUUCUUGAAACGGGUCACAUAUCUCUAUCAAUGAUGCAUGAAGCACUCCUUGAUCAUGACUCUUAGUUACAUUUACAUUACACAAGUCAUUGGACGUAGGCUUCUUCUGUACGGGGAAGUUUUGUUAAGAGCCCUGAUGCUCGGUCUGAACAUUAACACGUAUUGCUUGCGGAACUUAUUUUUCAUAUCAGUGAGAAAUAAUCAAACAAAUGUUUAAAAAGGCUAAAUUGAUACACACCUUUUUAUAGGGCUAUGGUUCCCACAUGCACAUGUUACAGCGCUUGUUUACGGAAAACAGACGGAGGGCAGAGUGGACUAUGCUCGAUGUCCACCAUAUGCGUUUUCUUUUGGCGGUUGUGCGUUGCAUUACCAUGCGGUGGUACAAACGGAAGUUCGUAAAAGUUCCCAUGGGGUGGCACCAUACAGAGGCCAAAUGUAUGAUGACUAUUGUGUAGUUAGAGACGAGAAGAUACCGGCUGAACGACUGGAAAUGUGUCUCCGGUAAGAAUGACACUAGGACAAUUCAUCAUUACUACACAGUUUUCACGAAACCAGCCAACAGAAUGGCGUGCAAAAUUAAUACGCACAAAACUGUUCUGUGUGUAAUUUAGCAAGCUAGUGAUUUGAAAUCCGUACUCUAUAUGGGAAUAACCAGUUCAAUGUAUUGAUGUUGCUUGAGAUGGGUGACAGAAGAAUAGAAACAAACUAGAUGAAUUGUUGUAAUGCGCCCUUGUGCGCACCAGUCUGUUGGUAGUUCUGCCGGUCUAUGAAACCAAUAGGUCAAUAGGAGAAUAACUUUAAUCUGUUCUAAUUAUUAGCUUUGGUCGAAGAGGGUGAAAAUGAUCUUCUCCAUGCGGCAAACCGUUCUGCAGUCUUGCGAAGCAAAAAUGCAGGCUAGACAUCUGGCAAAAACAGCAUACGGAAAAACGCAUGCGCAUCUGGUAGACAUGGCAUAGUGCGGCACCCCCAAUGUAGCGUUGGCGGAUUGCUCCAUUGACAAUGCAUGACUUCCGUCGGAAUUCAAAGAGUUUGAUUUAUCUGGUGGACAUGAGGCAUAUACUGUGCUAAUUAGCUAUCUGCGUCUUCGAGUGGAAGACAGACACCACAAACAUGUUGUCACUGCAAAAUACUGUCGGCUGCAACUGUGUUAAAACAGUGUACAGUAAGUGUGUAUUUUGCAUUUGUGAAAUUAUUUAAUGUGAUAUGAAAUUAGAGGGAUUUAUGUUUCUAGAACCGUAUCAGAAUUGAGAAUCCAUUCACGUUUAGAUGGAGUAUUUGGCUGUUUUGGCUGAUGGAGCCAAUUCACCUCUGAACAGAACGUGUAAGGUCCUUGGACUAUAAGGAGUAACGUUAGGCCCCUUUGGUUCAUUAUUGGCCUAUGAUGCAUAAAGCUUGUGAAUAUAAAAUAUUAAUACAAACUCUGUUUCUCAUUCAUCAUAGAAGAAGUUAUGUGCGGUGCUGCAAUGUCUGCUAUCCCUUGUUCCUGUUCAUCAUACUGGCUGCCUGUGUUAUGGCUUGUGCCGGACUGAUAUGGAUGCAGAUUGCCCUGAAAGAAGAUCUAGACUCCCUCAAAGAAAAGCUGCAUACAAGUAAGCCAUCAGACAAACCGCAACCUGUCAUCUAUCCCCUGUCAACCUUUAGAAAAGGCCUUCAGGUUCAAGCAUACAUUCAGCCACAAGAGUACACACUAUCCCACUUUACUUUGCAAUAAAUAGUAGGCUAAUCUUUGCACAUCCAUUGCUUAUGGCUGAGUUGUACAAUCAUACAGCCCAGUGACUACAGUUUUAGUACGUUGUAUGCUUAUUCAUGUAUCUUAUCUCUACAGUGGAAUCCGGCCAGAAGGUGUCAUCACAUGAAAUACCAAAACUAAGUGAAGAUCUGAAGACAAAGCAGAGAAAGCUGGAGGAUAUUGAAAGUGGAGACAAGGGUCUGAACAAACUGUGGUCCAACCUUACAGAGAUUAACAGAAAGGUAAAGUGUUAAAGGGAAAGUGAUGUUAUCUGUGGAACUAUCUUGUUUUGUCAUCUGUCCAGUUGUUAUGAAACCUCACCAUGGCAGGUUAAAUCAAGGUUAUGAUUGUAGAGUGAAAGGGAAGUAUGUUUGCCAAGUGUAAUUGAAUGUUCUGUGUUCUGGAAUGCUUCUCUCCCAUUAGAUCAGUUUUCUGGACACUGUAGUGAACCAUCUAAAGGCCAACAUCAAAUCAGCCUCAGACUUAAUCAACUUUCCAACUACAGUUGAAGAGCUCCAAAAAGUAGGUCUAAACUUUAAUCACUUCUGUGAGAUAUACAGAAUGCAAGCAUUUGAAGCAUUUGAAGCAUAAUUGAGACACAAAAGAGAGACAAGUAAGGUUUCUCAAAUGUAUAUUCAGAAGUAUUUGCCAUGUUUGUUUGCAAUUAUUGCCAUCAAUAUUGCCCAGUAUUCACCCACAGUCUCUAUUGGGUUGUCAAAUUGCCAUAAAAAAAAAUGUAUGCAUCUGGAAAGUAAGGCUUCAAUGUUUUCAUUUGCAGAGUGUGGCUACAAUCGGCAGCACUUUAACCAGUGUGCAGCAUGAUGUCAAGACAAUGCAGACAGCCCUUGAGGACCAGAAGAAAGAAACAGACAAUCUAAAGAAGAUCAUGGUAAAAAACAUAGAAAUACUAGCUUUACAUUUACAUUUACAUUUUAGUCAUUUAGCAGACGCUCUUAUCCAGAGCGACUUACAAAUUGGUGCAUUCACCUUAUGAUAGCCAGUGGGACAACCACUUUACAAUAUUUGUUUUUGUUUUUUUGGGGGGUGGGGUAAGGGGGGUAGAAGGAUUACUUUAUCCUAUCCCAGGUAUUCCUUAAAGAGGUGGGGUUAAGUGUCUCCGGAAGGUGGUGAGUGACUCCGCUGUCCUGGCUUGUUCCACCAUUGGGGUGCCAGAGCAGCGAACAGUUUUGACUGGGCUGAGCGGGAACUGUGCUUCCGCAGAGGUAGGGGGGCCAGCAGGCCAGAGGUGGAUGAACGCAAUGCCCUCGUUUGGGUGUAGGGACUGAUCAGAGCCUGAAGGUACGGAGGUGCCGUUCCCCUCACAGCUCUGUAGGCAAGCACCAUGGUCUUGUAGCAGAUGCGAGCUUCAACUGGAAGCAAGUGGAGUGUGCGGAGGAGCGGGGUGACGUGAGAGAACUUGGGAAGGUUGAACACCAGACUGGCUGCGGCAUUCUGGAUGAGUUGUAGGGCUUUAAUGGCACAGGCAGGGAGCCCAGCCAACAGCGAGUUGCAGUAAUCCAGACGGGAGAUGACAAGUGCCUGGAUUAGGACCUGUGCCGCUUCCUGUGUAAGGCAGGGUUGUACUCUGCGAAUGUUGUAGAGCAUGAACCUACAGGAUCGGGUCACCGCCUUGAUGUUAGCGGAGAACGACAGGGUGUUGUCCAGGGUCACGCCAAGGCUCUUUGCACUCUGGGAGGAGGACACUUUCUUUACACUCAACUCUUUUCAGCUUGAUCCUAUGCCUGCCUUUAAUUAAUCUGAGCCAGUUAGCAGUACCUGUGUCCAAAUGCAUGAGCUGCAGAAUGAUCUAGAUGACAGAUUAUACAACAUCUAGACCAAUAGAAAGAAGUAACUGAGGUCAGUACACUAAUCUAUCAUUGAACUAGCUACAGUUUUUUUUUUUUUUUUUUUUUGCUUCCAGAACUAGCAAUUCUGCCCACAGAUUUAUUGUGCACCUUUUGAAUGUUUUAGCAGAUUAUAGGUGAAAUAAACAUGGGUCCCUAUGUAUAAUAUGUAACAUGGAUGGGAUUAUGUGUGCGUGCGUCAUCCACAUUACAUGAAACAAUCUAACAGUAUCCGCACAAGUGCUGAUCCCUUUUUUGGCAUAUAAAACAGGCCAGCCUGCAAAGUGAAUCUGGGUCAGUUUCUGUCAGAUCAACUAAAGACUUGCUGUUUUAUUCUCUUUGGGCAAAAUAGAAUGCUGAGGCUAAAGAAUCAAAUGUGAAAUCGACAGCCUCAUUUGAAAAAGAAACAAGCAACUGCUCAUCAACAUUAGCUCAAAACCAGGUACUGGUACACUACUCUUACUGUUGAUAAAUUCCAUUCUCAUACCCUUUCAAAGCAUUCCAUUUAUGAAGGAUGGAAUACUGAAUAUUUGAUAUGGAAUCUUUAUAUGGAUUUAUUUUCUCACACAAAAGUACUUUGUUGGGUUUAAAUAGAGGGUGGUUCAUUUCAUGUGAUUUAAAUUUUUCGAUAAAUCAGGAAUUCAUAAAGUCAGUUUCUUACAUCUGUAUCUAAUCAAAAUGGACUGGUGGUAGCCUCUCACCCAUUAUGAUAUAUAUAUAUAUAUAUAUAUAUAUAUGCUGUGCUGAUCAAUUCCUUGAUCAAAUAUUCCUUUUUCACACAUGUCCAUCAAUCAGAUGAAGAAAUAAUAUAUAUUUGUUUAUUCGUGUUGUAUUCUUACAGGACGUAACUCACCUGAGAGAGGUUGUGAGCGAGGUUAACAAGACGCAAGAGCUGUACCACUCCUGGACCGGUGACCAGAUCCAGAGUCUCCAAAACGCUGUGUCCAACCUCACUCAGAGGGUGUUUCCUAUGGAGCAGGGCUCUCCCCAGACAACACCACACAGAGUGAGUAAUCAGAUGGAUGGUGUAAUGGGAAUAGUUACGAUUAAUAAAGUUCAUAUUCAGUCAUUAACACUUCAAAAAUGUAUUCAACAUGAAAAAUAUUUAUAUGAAUAUCUCAAAAGUACCCUUUUUGGUUUAGCUUAUUUUUUUUAAAUGUAUUGUUUGGAACAAUAUACUCUUCGAAUAUGUCACGUUUUCAGAGUGGGUGCUCUGCAACUUUUGAAGAUGUGGCCCAUUUGAUACAUGACGAGUUUAUUUCUAAAACGCUAUAUCCACACAUUUUUCACAUUUGUGUUUUUUGACCAGAAAUGAUUGCUUAUGUUUACCUUCAUGUAGGUGUAAAAUAUUACUGUUUUCUGAUAUUUCAUUCAUAGAUUUUAGGUGUGUAUUACAAUAUUAUUUUGCAAAAUGCUAUAUAUCCAUUGUUUAGCUGGAAUAUAAAUUUUGUAUAUUUGAUUGAUAUGUGGUUGUCUCACCUAGCUAUCUUAAGAUGAAUGCACAAACUAAGUCGCUUUGGAUAAGAGCAUCUGCUAAAUGACUAAAAUUCCUCAUAUUACUGUAUUGAUGAUAAUAAUAAAACAUUUCUAAUAAUAUUGAUGUCAAAUGUAUCAUUUGUACAGUUCUUUAUUAAAGGUGUAGUUAUUUGUUACAUUUGACUGUAAAACCUAGCAGUACUACUUAUUUAUCUGAAAAUGAGGUGGAUAUAUAUAGUGUUUUGCAAAAAAUAAAAAUGAAUAUUUGUCUCUGAAAUGAAACUAUGAAGUGAUAGAUUUCAAACAAAUACAUGUCUGUCAUUGAGCAACCCCAUGCCAUGAUUAGAUAGUAAAAACAUUUCUGAACAUGGAUAUAUAGCGUUUUGGAAAGAAACUCUUCACAUAGAAAUUGACAUUAUAGGUCAUUAAACAUUCAACAAAUCACCAGCAGAGGGAGUUCUCUUUGAAUCCAUUUUCCCAUUCACUGUGGUGGUGCUCAUAAAUGUAUCAUAACUUCAGAAGUACUGUAACAGAGCACCCACUCUGGAAAUGUGAUGUACUUGUGGAGUAUUUUUUACUACAAUAUGUCAAAAAAUUUACAAAAUCAUAAAGGGUAAUUUUGAGAUAUUAAUAUACAUUUUUAUUUCAGAAUCUAGACAUACUCUAUAUUUUAAUGACACCAAGAUGUCUGUAUCAUGUACGGUUCACGGAUCAUAGGGUCUUAUAGGAGGCAUGUAUAGGUAUUAAAAGGGGCCUAAAAUGGCCACUUUCAUCAUGGUUCUCUCAAAUAGUUUGUGAUACAAAUGUAAAAAGCAUAUCAAACCGCCUUCCUCCCAAUGUGAGACUUGCCACAACACUCUGAGAUGGCUAAAAUAUUUUUGGGCCUUCCUGCUGUGGAAUCGCCCCAAAUCGUUUGAUAUUUAUUGACAGAGUUACUGAAGGUACAAUGGACCGAGGACACACUGAUUAUUAUUGUAUUGAUGACAUUAUGAACACUGAUUCUGUAGCAGCUGGCAAAGUCAUUGUCUUUUGUUUUGACUUUGUACAUGGUACAAGCCUCUCAGGCUGAGGUUUAGAGGACAUUUGUCACUUUCUGAUUAGAAUAUAAAGGCCCGUUAGACAUUUUCUCUGGUUCUGUUCGCGAGGUGUCUCCCUGUUGCAACUUGUAAUAAACCUGAUUUUAUUUCUGAUUGAGUUUAUCAAUGAUUACUCUCCUUUUGGUUCACCUGGAAAUUCCCGUUACAGAUGGUUCAGAUUAUAUAGUCACGUAAUGGCACACAGACCGAUGAGAUGUAGCAAGAGCUGCUUGACGCUCAGUGGCUUUUUGCCCAGAUGAUAAGUACUGUUCUUACUGCACUGGAGUUGAGAUGCAUUUCAAAUUGGGCCGUUCAUGAUUUAUAGUUGUGCUCGCAUGUAUUACAAUACCGUCAAUUAUGCUAUGAUCACUUAAUUGUAAAAAAAUAUAUACAGUGCAUUUGGAAAGUAUUCAGACCCCUUUACUUUUUCCACAUUUUGUUACGUUACAGCCUUAUUCUAAAAUGGAUUCAAUUGUUUUUCACCCUCAAUCUACACACAAUACCCCAUAAUGACAAAGCAAAAAUAGUUAUUUAGACAUUUUAGCGAAUGUAUAAAAUAAAAAUUAAACGGAAAUAUCACAUUUACAUAAGUAUUCAGACCCUUUACUGAGUACUUUGUUGAAGCACCUUUGGCAGCGAUUACAGCUUCGAGUCUUCUUGGGUAUGACGCUACAUGCUUGGCACACCUGUAUUUGGGGAGUUUCUCAAAUUCUUCUCUGCAGAUCCUUUCAAGCUCUGUCAGGUUGGAUGGGGAGCGUCGCUGCACAGCUAUUUUCAGGUCUCUCCAGAGAUAUUCGAUCGGGUUCAAGUCCGGGCUCUGGCUGGGCCACUCAAGGACAUUCAGUGACGUGUCCCAAAGCCACUCCUGCGAUGUCUUGGCUGUGUGCUUAGGGUCGUUGUCCUGUUGGAAGGUGAACCUUCGCCCCAGUCUGAGGUCCUGAGCACUCUGAAGCAUCUCUCUGUAUUUGCUCCGUUCAUCUUUCCCUCGAUCCUGACUAGUCUCCCAGUCCCUGCCGCUGAAAAACAUCCCCACAGCAUGAUGCUGCCGCCACCAUGCUUCACGGUAAGGAUUGUGCCAGGUUUCCUCCAGACGUGACGCUUGGCAUUCAGGUCAACGAGUUCAAUCUUGGUUUCAUCAGACCAGAGAAUCUUGUUUCUCAUGGUCUGAGAGUCCUUUAGGUGCCUUUUGGCAAACUCCAAGCGGGCUGUCAUGUGCCUUUUACUGAGGAGUGGCUUCCGUCUGGCCACUCUCACAUAAAGGCCUGAUUGGUGGAGUCCUGCAGAGAUGGUUGUCCUUCUAGAAGAUUCUCCCAUCUCCACAGAGGAACUCUGGAGCUCUGUCAGAGUGACCAUUGGGUUCUUGGUCACCUACCUGACCAAGGCCCUUCUCCCCCGAUUGCUUCGUUUGGCCAGGCGGCUAGCUCUAGGAAGUGUCUUGGUGGUUCCAAACUUCUUCCAUUUAAGAAUGAUGGACGCCACUGUGUUCUUGGGGACCUUCAAUGCUGCAGAAAUGUUUUGGUACCCUUCCCCAGAUCAAUGGAAACAGGAUGCACCGGAGCUCAAUUUCGAGUCUCAUAGCAAAGGGUCUGAAUACUAAUGUAAAUAAGGUAUUUCAGUUUUUAAUUUUUAAUAAAUUUGCAACAAUUUCUAAAAACCUGUUUUCACUUUGUCAUUAUGGGGUAUUGUGUGUAGAUUGAUGAGGAAAAACAUUUAUUUAAUCAAUUUUAGAAUAAGUCUAUAACGUAACAAAAUGUGGAAAAGGGCAAUGCACUGUAUAUAAAAAAUUAAGUUAAAUUUCAACCUCUUUAAGGACCUUGUGGAGGUAGUUGAACCAGUGCCUGUCAGUGGAGAUGUACCAGUAAAGGACCCGGUCACAGAGAGUGACACCAAUUCAGAUGGACUUAAAGCAACAACUUCAGAAGCUACACAUGGUAUAAAUAAGACAAGAAAACUUAAUUGUCUAUUACAUUUUCAUAAAAAAUAAGUACAGUGAUGUACAAUGUUACCUUUGGAUGACUUUUUCCUGUUCUUUCUCCAGAAAAAUCCACAGGUUCAAAGCCAACGAGACGUCCACGGUUUUUGACUCCAAACCGAACCAAGAGAGAGUCUGGAACAGAAAGCCCAAAGACUGUGUCAUUCCCUGGAGUCAGCUCUCUGAAAGGUAUUGGAUACAUUUUUUUAGUUAUGAAGUUUCACAUCUGUGAUCAUACAUAAAAAAUCUUAGUCAUAAGUAGUGGUGGAAAAAGUACCCAAUUGUCAUACUUGAGCAGGGGUGAUAGUAAGGCGGUCCGGUAUGGCGUCCGGGCAAAAUAAAUAGUGGGGGUACGCCGUACCAGUAAAACAUGAGCCUAUCACAAUUAAUACAACAUGCCCAAAAAACUAUAGGCUAUUACACCAUUAUUUAACAUUACUGCAUGUCAGCUGCAUGGAAAAAUUCGUGAAUUGACUGGAAACCGGGUGGUAUACGCUCCAAAUUGUGUUGUGGUUCGAGGAGAACACUUACAUUUUGUUAAGGCGGAGAUGAGUGGCCAAGACCGAGGCGCGCGUGGACAACAGUGGAUGCAUCGAUUGAGGUUACAAAUGUAGGCCUAAUGACAAUCGCAGAAUGUAGCCAACAGGAGUAGCCUACAUGAGUACCUUUAAGUGAUUGUUUGACAAUCAGAUGAAAACAUAAUGACUGGUUGUGUUUAUGCCACAUUAAAAGGCAUAGGCGGCGUGUCCAUAAGGCUAGGGGAAGCUUUCCCUGAAGUAAAUUAAAUUAACAAAAUUAUAUAGCCUAAUUAGCUUACUCCUGUCUAUACAGAAAUAAAUCAUUCAAAAUAGGCUACUACACCAGAAAGCAUGAUUUGACCACAAAGGAUCAUUAGCUUAAAAAAAAAAGCUGUGGAUUGUUUUAAAUCACAUAGCCUACAGUCGGAAGGGCCCGCAAUUUGGGCAGCGCUGCAAAUACCAAUUAGAUUGUUGAGUUGGAACCAUCAGUGAAAAGCAGAGACCCAGCCAGGCAUAUAGCAAUAUUUAAAAAUACAAUCGCCGAGAAACUGUUUGGAAAGCAAAUGGCUAUUGCUGAGAAGAGAUGACAAUGAAAACACUCCAAUCUGUCUUUUAGUUAUCCAAAUUCUUAACUUAAUUGAGCGAACAGUAGCCUAUCUUAUUAGCACCAGCGGAGAACAUUUGCCAUAUCCUUGGUGAGUGUGCACAUUCACUGUCUUUAUCAGUGGGUCAGUGCAACUUUUGUUUUUGGACAAUCAUUUCCUCCUCCAGGUUAGAUGGAAGUCAUAUUGUAUUUGUGUCUCCCAUUUUCAUAGGCCGAUUAUAUGGAUCAGACAUCGUUUUUAUUGAUCUGUUUGUCAGUCAGCAGAGUAAGCUACCCUGUAAUUUUUGCAGUAUAAAAAGAAAGUGUGCGCGCACUUGGGUGUCCCGUACCGCUAAGAAGUUAAAUCUACUUUCACCACUGUACUUGAAUAUAAGUAAACAUACCUUAACCCCCUAGAGUCAAUGUCCUGUGAAAGUCGAAUUAGCAUAAUACAACAAUCCAGAUAAAUAUGUUUAAGCUAGAGAUAUCUGGGGUCUUUCACUGGAUGCGUCUAAAUCCACUGCAUCCGCCAAUGUCGCUCUUCCUUAUCUGGGGUGAAAGGUGACAGAACUAGAGCGGUGUUUGUCAGACCAUGACACAUCACAAAUAGGUCUUCUCACAAAAUCGUCUGUAGUGUCCGAACGGUUUAGCUACAAACUAAACUCUGCACAAAAAGAAACGUCAUCUCACUGUCAACUGCGUUUAUUUUCAGCAAACUUAACAUGUGUAAAUAUUUGUAUGAACAUAACAAGAUUCAACAACUGAGACAUAAACUGAACAAGUUCCACAGACAUGUGACUAACAAAAAUGUUAUGUGUGCCUGAACAAAGGGUGGGUCAAAAUCAAAAGUUACAGUCAGUAUCUGGUGUGGCCACCAGCUGCAUUAAGUACUGCAGUGCAUCUCCUCAUGGACUGCACCAGAUUUGCCAGUUCUUGCUGUGAGAUGUUACCCCACUCUUCCACCAAGGCACCUGCAAGUUCCCGGACAUUUCUGGGGGGAAUGGCCCUAGCCCUCACCCUCCGAUCCAACAGGUCCCAGACGUGCUCAAUGGGAUUGAGAUCCGGGCUCUUCGCUGGCCAUGGCAGAACACUGACAUUCCUGUCUUGCAGGAAAUCACGCACAGAACGAGCAGUAUGGCUGGUGGCAUUGUCAUGCUGGAGGGUCAUGUCAGGAUGAGCCUGCAGGAAGGGUACCACAUGAGGGAGGAGGAUGUCUUCCCUGUAAAGCACAGCGUUGAGAUUGCCUGCAAUGACAACAAGCUCAGUCCGAUGAUGCUGGGACACACCGCCCCAGACCAUGAGGGACCCUCCACCUCCAAAUCGAUCCCGCUCCAGAGUACAGGCCUCGGUGUAACGCUCAUUCCUUCGACGAUAAACGCGAAUCCGACCAUCACCCCUGGUGAGACAAAACCGCGACUCGUCUGUGAAGUGCACUUUUUGCCAGUCCUGUCUGGUCCAGCGACAGUGGGUUUGUGCACAUAGGCGACGUUGUUGCCGGUGAUGUCUGGUGAGGACUUGCCUUACAACAGGCCUACAAGCCAUCAGUCCAGCCUCUCUCAGCCUAUUGCGGACAGUCUGAGUACUGAUGGAGGGUUUGUGCAUUCCUGGUGUAACUCGGGCAGUUGUCGUUGCCAUCCUGUACCUGUCCCGCAGGUGUGAUGUUCGGAUGUACUGAUCCUUUGCAGGUGUUGUUACACGUAGUGUGCCACUGCGAGGACGAUCAGCUGUCCGUCCUGUCUCCCUGUAGCUCUGUCAUAGGCGUCUCACAGUAAGGACAUUGCAAUUUAUUGCCCUGGCCACAUCUGCAGUCCUCAUGCCUCCUUGCAGCAUGCCUAAGGCACGUUCACGCAGAUGAGCAGGGACCCUGGGCAUCUUUCCUUUGGUGUUUUUCAGAGUCAAUAGAAAGGCCUCUUUAGUGUCCUAAGUUUUCAUAACUGUGACCGUAAUUGCCUACCCUCUAAGCUGUUAGUAUCUUAAUGACCGUUCCACAGGUGCAUGUUCAUUAAUUGUUUAUGGUUCAUUGAACAAGCAUGGGAAACAGUGUUUAAACUCUUUACAAUGAAGAUCUGUGGAUUUUUACGAAUUAUCUUUGAAAGACAGGGUCGUGAAAAAGGGACGUUAAUUUUUUUGCUGAGUUUAUUAUGCCCACUCUAUGGAAAGAUAAGACGCUCACGAACAAGAUGGUGUUCUCCGUUUUGCUCUACGACCCCCACAAGCACCUUGGCACUUGUUUGAAGCCGGUACAGCCGAUCUGACAACUUCUGUCUGUAGUGUCCGAACAGUUUGGGCUACGAACACGUACAUGUCGGUUGUUUUGCUCUAGGACGCCCACAGGCCUCACAAGACUUGUCUGAAGGUCCCCCGGUACCAGUUGAAUAAUUAAUGGGCAUAUAUAUGGAGAUAGUUUAGUGCCAAAAAUAAUAAUACACCACAUGACCAAAAGUAUGUGGACAUCUGCUUGUCGAACAUCUCAUUCCAAAAUCAUGGGCAUUAAUAUAGAGUUGGUCCCCCCUUUGCUGCUAUAACAGUCUCCACUCUUCUGGGAAGGCUUUCCACUAGAUGUUGGAACAUUGUUGCGGGGACUUGCUUCCAUUCAGCCACGAGCAUUAGUGAGGUCUGGCACUGAUGUUGGGUGAUUUAGACCUGGCUCGCAGUCGGCGUAACAAUUCAUCCCAAAGGUGUUCGAUGGGGUUGAGGUCAGGGCUCUGUGCAGGCCAGUCAAGUUCUUUCACACCAAUCUCGACAAACCAUUUCUGUAUGGACCUCGCUUUGUGCACGGGGGCAUUGUCAUGCUGAAACAGGAAAGGGCCUUCCCCAAACUGUUGCCACAAAGUUGGAAGCACAGAAUCAUCUAGAAUGUCAUUGUAUGCUGUAGCAUUAAGAUUUCCCUUCACUGGAACUAAGGGGCCUAGCCCGAACCAUGAAAAACAGCCCCAGACUAUUAUUACUCCUCCACCAAACUUUACAGUUGGCACUAUGCAUUGGGGCAGGUAGCGUUCUCCUGGCAUCCGCCAAACCCAGAUUUGUCCGUCGGACUGCUAGAUGGUGAAGCGUGAUUCAUCACUCCAGAGAACGAGUUUCCACUGCUCCAGAGUCCAAUGGCGGCGAGCUUUACACCACUCCUGUCGACGCUUGGCAUUGCACAUGGUGAUCUUAAGCUGGUGUGCGGCUGCUCUGCAAAACCCAUUUACUGAAGCUCCCGACAAACCGUUCUUGUGCUGACGAUUUUUACACGAUACGCGCUUCAGCACUCGGCAGUCCCAUUCUGUGAGCUUGUGGCCUACCAUUUUGCGGCUGAGGCGUUGUUGCACCUAGAUGUUUCCACUUCACAAUAACAAUACUUACAGUUGACCGGGCAGCUUUAGCAGGACAGACAUUUGACUAAAUGACUUGUUGGAAAGGUGGCAUCCUAUGACGGUGCCAAAUUGAAAGUCACUGCGCUCUUCAGUAAAGCCAUUCUACUGCCAAUGUUUGUCUAUGGAGAUUGCAUGGCUGUGUUCGAUUUUAUACACCUGUCAGCAAUGGGUGUGGCUGAAAUAGCCGAAUCCACUAAUUUGAAGGGGUGUCCACAUACUUAUGUAAACAGUGCAUUCAGAAAGUAUUCAGACACCUUGACUUUUUCCACAUUUUGUUACGUUACAGCCUUAUUCUAAAAUGGAUUAAAUAAAAAUGUCCUCAUCAACCUACACACAAUACCCCAUAAUGACAAAGCGAUUUUUUUAGGGGGGGGGGGGGGGGGGGGUAGAUCAGCUUAAUAUUAAAGAUAGAUUGUAACUUCCAUCAAUGUAAUUGUCUGCAUCACUUCCAAUCCCCCAUGUUUUUUAUAUAUAUACUCCCCUUUAUUACUUUUCAACCCCGCCAUCCUUUCCCUACUUUGGGUAAAUUAGUGAACAACAAUGCCCAGGCCUCUACUUCCAGCCUAUACUUACUAUCUACACCUUAUGGACACAGUCAAUUUUACAAUAAUUCUAUUUUAUUUGUUUUUGCUCCUGAACGUCUUCUACUCUCAACCUCUCCGAUCAUUUUCAUGAUGUCCAUCCGGUUUGCUUCUAUAUGCCAUAUCUUUCUAACUGUGCUCUUUCCCAAAAGCUCCCAACAUACAACCUAUAUACUUAUUAUGGACACAGUAUGCUUACAUUAUUAGUUAUCUUAUUAUUUGUUGUUAUUUGUUAUUAGUCCCAUCCUUCAACUCUAUUCAAUACCUCCCAUCUAUCUUUUAACACCAUCCAUAUAGGAUUUCUAUUUGCCAUAUAUAUUUCAACCGUACUGUGAUGUUUUACAAAUGUUCUGAACCUUUCUAUUCUCAUUGCUUCUACAGAUUGUGAAUUAAAAAUAAACAUUUUUGCUAAAAGUAUUAUUAUAUUAUUGAUCGAUUGACUAUGACUUUUCAGAUCACCCAGUAAUGCUAUCUGCAAGGUUAGCUCCAGGUAAAUAUUGCAAUCCUUUAGCCAUUCCUGGACCUGUGUCCAAAAACAAGCUACAAAUGGACAGAACCAAAACAAAUGAUCUAAUGAUUCUGUCUCUUCACAGCAAAAUCUGCAGAGCUGGGAAGAUUGUAUCCCCCAUAUAAAUAACAUUCUAUUGGUAGCAAGAAUUUUAUAUAAUAAUUUAAAUUGAAAAAUUCUAAUUUUUGAAUCCGGUGUCGUUUUGCGUGUCAGUUCAUAAACACUAUGCCAUGGGAUCGGUACGUCAAAAAUCUCUUCCCAACUAUUUUGCAAUUUAUAUGGGACGGCUGUCAAUCCUUUGGUCCUGAAGUGAAACUGAUAUACUUUUUUAUUUAUCACAGUUUUCCUUAACCAAUUAUGUUCUUUAAUGCAAGGCCGACAGACAAGUUCCUUACUUUCUCCCCCUUCCACUUUCCUCUUCCACUUUUGCGGUAAGGCUGCAAUUAUUUGGUUGUAAUUUUGGGUAGAGCAGACAUUUCCAUAUGUUUUUGUUAGCUGCAUGUGCGACAUACAUACAUAAGUUUCUACAACUUGAUUAGAGUCCACCUGUGGUAAAUUAAAUUGAUUGGUGGACAUGAUUUGGAAAGGCACACACCUGUCUAUAUAAGGUCCCACAGUUGACAGUGCAUGUCAGAGCAUAAACCAAGCCAUUAGGUCGAAGGAAUUGUCCGUAGAGCUCCGAGACAGGAUUGUGUCGAGGCACAGAUCUGGUGAAGGUCCCCAAGAACACAGUGGCCUCCAUCAUUCUUAAAUGCAAGAAGUUUGUAACCACCAAGACUCUUCCUAGAGCUGGCCGCCCGGCCAAACUGAGCAAUCAGGGGAGAAGGGCCUUGGUCAAGGAGGUGACCAAGAACCUGAUGGUCACUCUGACAGAGCUCCAGAGUUCCUCUGUGGAGAUGGAAGAACCUUCUAGAAGGACAGUCAUCUCUGCAGCACUCCACCAAUCAGGCAUUUAUGGUAGAGUGGCCAGAUGGGAGCCACUCCUCAGUAAAAGGCACAUGACAGCCCACUUGGAGUUUGCCAAGAGGCACCUAAAGACUCUCAGACCAUGAAAAACAAGAUUCUCUGGUCUGAUGAAACCAAGAUUGAACUCUUUGGCCUGAACGCCAAGCUUCACGUCUGGAGGAAACCUGGCACCAUCCCUACAGUGAAGCAUGGUGGUGGCAGCAUCAUGCUGUGGGGAUGUUUUUCAGCGGCAGGGACUGGGAGACUAGUCAGGAUCGAGGGGAAAGAUGAACAGAGCAAAGUACAGAGAAAUCAUUGAUGAAAACCUGCUCCAGAGCGCUCAGGACCUCAGACUGGGGCAAAGGUUCACCUUCCAACAGGACAACAACCGUACGCACACAGCCAGAGCCCAGACUUGGCUUCGGGACAAGUCUCUGAAUGUCAUUGAGUGGCCCAGCCAGAGCCCAGACUUGAACCCGAUCGAACAUCUCUGGAGAGACCUGAAAAUAGCUGUGCAGUGACUCUCCCCAUCCAACCUGACAGAGCUUGAGAGGAUCUGCAGAGAAGAAUGGGAGAAACUCCCCAAAUACAUGUGCCAAGCUUGUAGCGUCAUACCCAAGAAGACUUGAGGCUGUAAUCGCUGCCAAAGGUGCUUCAACAAAGUACUGAGUAAAGGGUCUGAAUACUUAUGUAAAUCUGUUUUUGCUUUGUCAUUAUGGGGUAUCGUGUGUUGAUUGAUGAGGGGGGGGGAAACUAUUUAAUCUAUUUUAGAAUAAGGCUGUAACGUCACAAAGUGGAAAAAGUCAAGGGGUCUGAAUACUUUCCUAAUGCACUGUAUAUAGUGGAUCUCUCAGAUAUAGGACAGACACUUCAGAAAAAAAAGUCAUUUUAAUUUUUUCUUGGGGGGGGACUAUCUGUUCCAUGUAGUUGAUCUGUUAUUCAAUGCGUUUGUAUGGGCUACUGCAAAAAAUAUUUUAAAUAAAAUGGCAAAAUGGUCCUUGUUAUGACUUUCUUAAAAUAAUUAUAUGUAGCUUAUUAGUAGGCUUAGACUGCUAUGGGUUUUUAAUAAAUGAUUCAAGUGGAAGUCACCCAGUAAAAUACUACUUGAGUAAAAGUCAAAGUAUUUGGUUUGAAAUAUACUUAUGUGUCAAAAGUAAAAGUAUAAAUCAUUUCAAAUUCCUUAUAUUAAGCAAACCAGAUGGCACAAUGUUGUUGUUUUUUAGCCAGGGCACACUCCAACACUCAGACAUAAUUUACAAACAAAGUAUGUGUUUAGUAAGUCUGCCAGAUCAGAGGCAUGACCAGGGAUGUUCUCUAGAUAAGUGUGUAAGUUGCAUUUUCCUAACCUGCUAAGCAUUCAAAAUGAAACGAGUACUUUUGGGUGUUGAAGGAAAAUGUAUGGCGUGAAAAGUACAAGAUAAUUCACCUGACCGGUGUGGCAUAUUAAGAAGUUGAUUAAACAGCAUUAUCAUUACACAGGUGCACCUUGUGCUGGGGAGAAUUAAAGGCCACUCUAACAUGUGCAGUUUUGUCACACAAUACAAUGCCACAGAUGUCUCAAGUUUUGAGGGAGAGUGCAGUUGGCAUGCUGACUGCAAGAAUGUCCACCAGAAAUGUUGCCAGAGAAUUUAAUGUUAAUUUCUCUACUAUAAGCCGCCUCCGUCAUUUUAGAGAAUUUGGCAGUACGUCCAACCUGGCCUCACAACCACAGACCACGUGUAACUACGCUAGCCCAGGACCUACCUCCACAUCCGGCUUCUUCACCAGCGGCAUCAUCUGAGACCAGCCACCAGACAGCUGAUGAAACCUUGUGGGUUUGAACAACCGAAGAACUUCUGCACAAACUGUCAGAAUCCGUCUCAGGGAAGCUCAUCUGCGUGCUCGUCGUCCUCACCAAGGUCUUGACCUGACUGCAGUUCGGGGUCGUAACUGACUUCAGUUGGCAAAUGCUCGCCUUCGAUGGCCACUGGCACACUGGAGAAGUGUGCUCUUCACAGAUUAAUCCUGGUUUCAACUGUACCGGGCAGAUGGCAGACUGCGUGUAUGGCAUCGUGUGGGCGAGUGGUUUGCCGAUGUCAAUGUUGUGAACAGUGUGUCCCAUGGUGGCGAUGGGUUUAUGGUAUGGGCAGGCAGGCAUAAGCUACGGACAACGAACACAAUUGUAUUUUAUCUAUGGCAAUUUAAAUGCACAGAGAUACAGUGAUGAGAUCCUGAGGCCCAUUGCUGUGCCAUUCAUCCGCUGCCAUCACCUCAUGUUUCAGCAUGAUAAUGCACGGCCCCAUGUGUUGCAAUGAUCUGUCCACAAUUCCUAGAAGCUGUAAAUGUCCCAGUUCUUCCAUAGCCUGCAUACUCUCCAGACAUGUCACCCACCUAUUGAGCAUGUUUGGGAUGUUCUGGAUCGACGUGUUCAAGUUCCCGCCAAUAUCCAGCAACUUUGCACAGCCAUUGAAGAGUGGGACAGCAUUCCACAGGCCACAAUCAACAGCUUGAUCAACUAUAUGCGAAGGAGAUGUCGCGCUACAUGAGGCAAAUGGUGGUCACACUAAAUACUAACUGGUUUUCUGAAUCCACACCCCUACCUUUUUUUUAAAGGUAUCUGCGACCAACAGAUCCAUAUCUGUAUUCCCAGUCACGUGAAAUCCAUAGAUUAGGGCCUAAUGAAUUUAUUUCAAUUGACUGAUUUCCUUAUAUGAACUGUAACUCAGUAAAAUCUUUGAAAUUGUUGCAUGUUGCGCUUAUAUUUUUGUUCAGUGUAAGUAGUACUUUUACUUAAGUAUUUUACACCACUGGUCAUAAGAUUGGCAACACAUUUUCAUGCGAAUAUCCUAAAAUCUGCAUUAACAGAAUGUACAUUUUCCCAAUGUAUGUUUCCAUCAAACUGACUAAUUGUGGAUAAAAUGCUGUGCGUAAUGAUAAAGUGAACAUAAAAAGCAUUUUUGGGCUUAAGUUUCAUGUACCGAAUAAAAAGCAGGUUCAAUGUGUUUCCAUCGCAUUUUCAACUCUACCGAUGUUUUUUUCACAAAAACUGUUGUGAUAACUUGCCCAAUCUGGUUUUGGCGCAUGCUCUCUAGACAACAGUUCGCUGAUAAAGUGGACAGGGUAGGUUAUAUGAGAUAUGGACAAGAGCAAUAUCAUUUUUAUUUGAUCAUUGGCAGCCAAACAUUGAUCAUGUCACCAGCAUUAAAAACAAAAGUUCAUCGCCGUCCAUCACUUAACCACCAUGAAGUUCAUCAAAACGUAUUUAAUCUGUCUAUAAACUCUUAAUGUGUUUCACGUCUUAGUGGUAGUACAACAUAGUAUUUCAUCCUGUGACUCCCAAGUUUACUUCAACAUGAUGGUUUAUUAUAUCAAUAUUUGCACCUAAAGGAGUUUCCACGACAAUUGAUGCAUAAUGAUUUUACAGACACAAAAAGAUCCCACCAUGUUGAACGAACAAAUUGUCUCUCGACAUUUGACAUCGUACCAACACUUCCUGUUUCCAUCACACCUGUUGUGAUUUUGUUUUAUACUGCAUGACUUUACUCACAUAAAAACUGUGUAUGGAAAUGUACUUCUUUACAGAGUAUCCUGCAUAUACAAGGAGAAAUGCAGACGUAAAAGUCAGAUUGCAUUUUAUUCUGUGGCCAAUUAACAAUUACUUGAAACCUCUUCUACUUCCAAUAGAUCUCAAAGAGCUCUUUGAGCGCUCAGGGACCGACCCCGCCUCUCAGGGAAUGUCUUACCAAGUCUUGAGGAAACUCUUUGACACAGCAACACCAGACCCCCGUAGCCUGGAAUGCUACGACAAAGAUGGGGACCAGAGGUUCUCACUGGCUGAAAUGAAAGCUGCUGCAGGUCUGUGAGAAGAGGAGUGGCAGAGGCAGCAGUGGAAGGAGAGGAAGUCUCUGGUGUGUGUGGAGUGCCUCACAGUAAUGAUGGUUGCACUUUUAUUGAACUGAAUAUUUAAUAAGCUGAAUGUGGAACCGUGGCACUGGCAUGCCCCCCCCUGCACACCUCACUGGUCCUACACGCCUAAGCUACAGUAAGCAACACAGAUCCAAGCUUUGAUAUUUCUUAUAAGUUGACAAAUUGUACUUUUCAGAAAUAUUUUUAUUUAUGACCAGUUGAUGUCAAAUGAAUCAUUGAAUAGGGACAUCAUGACUUCACCCAAAUAUCACUUAUCAUAAUGUAGUACCUACCACACACUUCAGUUUCUUUGCUUAUUUUCUGUAUUUUCUUUAUACAUGUUUUGUGGUAAGUCUUGAGUUAUUGUCUGCAUUUUUAUUUGGAUUUUAAUGUAACACUGUAGAUUUUUGUUUUAUUUUUUAAAUCUGCAAGAUUUGAAGGGCUAUAAAGACACUUUUGACUAGUUCAGAAAGAAUCACCUUGAUUGUCCUGAAGCAUAUGUAGCAAUAAUACAAUGUAAAUGAGCUUAUACUAGCGGAGUAUAGUGUUAACUUCAAUUUGCAGUAUAUAAGUGUUGUGUGUAGUACAGAUGAAAAAAUACAUAAGUAGGCACACCUGGCUGUGAUGAUGUAACAGGUAGUGAGAGAAGCACUGAUUCCUCUUUACUUGAUUCUGUCAUUUUGUGUGGGCCUUUACAUUAAAUGCAAAUGUACAAAUCAGGACAUGUCAAAUCACUCAACACUGUUGUAUGAUGUAAAUAUGGUACAAUUGUUUUAUAUGGCAUCCUGUAAGAUUGACUUGUUUGGGGGGGGCUGUUUUAUAUAGCUAGAGGACUGUAGAAAAUCCUCAGCAUUGUACAUGGUAAUGGAAAUGAUUUUAUGAAGUUGUGCUUUGCAUGUUUCUCUUAAUGUAACAUUAAUAAAUGUGUAAUUUAACAAAGGACUGUUUGAGAGUAAUUUAGUUUUGCAGGGUAAUGGUGUGGAAUUCUGGAACUCAAUUAGGUCAAACUGAUUUUGAAUUGUCAUUUAGAUUUCCGACAGGAAUAUUGUCCCUAUAAAGAUGUGUGCUUUGGGAAUUUUAUGUUUUGUGUGAGCACUAAUGAAUAAAUGAAAAUGUGGAUUAACAGGA